AUGGCAGGAAGCAGUUUGAAGUGGGCCUCCAAGCCUAUUGGCAUCCAUUGCGACAUGGGCGAGGCUUUCGGCAACUGGAAGAUGGGUGACGAUGAAGCAAUCAUGCCCUACAUAGACGCUUGCUCCAUUGCUUGUGGGUUCCACGCCGGCGAUCCGAUGGUCAUGUACAACACGGUCAAGGCGGCGGAGAAACACAACGUCCGGGUUGGCGCUCACCCCUCUUUUCUCGACCUGCAAGGGUUUGGCAGACGCGAGAUGGUGAUGGAUCCAGUCGAGUGUGAGAAGAUGGUCAUCUACCAGAUAGGUGCCCUCAAGGCAUUUCUAGACAUCGACGGACUGCCACUGUCACAUGUCAGCCCUCACGGAGCUCUCUACGGUGUCAUGUGCAAGGACAAAUCAAUUUGCGAGGCCGUGUGCCGUGCCAGUCGUUUCUUCAAAUCCGAUGACGGCGAGCCAGUGCCUAUCAUCGGCGCACCCAACACCAUCAUGGAGACAGUCUGUGCGGACAUGGGCAUUCCUUUCAUCCAAGAAAUCAUUAGUGAUCUUGAGUAUGAUGCCAACGGAAACUGCAAGAUACCACGGGCACACGAGCCUCAAGAUCUCGGAGCACUGCAGACACGUCUAUCUCGAGCAUUGAGAACUGGGGAAAUCGAGUGCAAGGAGACCGGUGGGUUUGUUGACCUCAAGCUGAGUGCGGAGCCCUUGAGUUUGUGCAUCCAUAGCGACACGCCAGGUGCGACGGAGGUGGCCGCAGCGACGAGAGAGGUCGUGAAUGAAUUCAACCGAGAGCUCUCGUGA